UGGUAACGCCGCCGACUCAAAAACAUCAUUUCGUCAUUUAGCAGGCAGCUCUCGUUUUGUGUUUCAUUUUAAAAAUGGCAGACGUAGAAAAGGAGCCCGAGAAGACCAUUGCUGAGGAUUUGGUUGUUACCAAAUACAAAUUGGCUGGAGAAAUUGUCAACAAAACAUUGAAAGCAGUGAUUGAACUGUGCGUGGUGGAUGCCUCUGUGAGGGAAAUUUGCACCAAGGGCGACAAUCUGCUGACUGAAGAAACCGGCAAAGUAUACAAAAAGGAAAAGGAACUGAAGAAGGGCAUCGCAUUCCCAACAUGUCUAUCGGUCAACAACUGUGUCUGUCACUUCUCGCCAGCGAAGAACGAUGCCGACUACACGCUCAAGGCUGGCGAUGUGGUUAAAAUUGAUCUGGGUGCCCACAUUGAUGGCUUCAUUGCCGUGGCCGCGCACACAAUUGUUGUAGGUGCCAGUGCGGACAAGAAAAUAAGCGGACGACAAGCUGAUGUUAUACUGGGCGCUUAUUGGGCUGUUCAGGCGGCGUUGCGUCUGCUUAAAGCCGGUUCCAACAACUACUCAAUCACCGAUGCCGUGCAACAAAUCAGCGAGUCUUACAAGUGCAAGCCCAUUGAGGGCAUGCUCAGUCACGAGCUGAAGCAGUUCAAAAUCGAUGGCGAGAAGACGAUCAUACAGAAUCCGAGCGAGGCGCAACGCAAGGAGCAUGAGAAGUGCACCUUUGAGAAGCACGAGGUCUACGCCAUUGAUGUCAUUGUCAGCACCGGCGAGGGCGUGGGACGCGAGAAGGAUACUAAAGUGUCCAUUUACAAGAAAUCCGAGGAGAACUACAUGCUUAAGCUGAAGGCAUCGCGUGCCCUGCUCGCUGAGGUGAAAACCAAGUACGGCAACAUGCCUUUCAACAUCCGCAGCUUCGAGGAGGAGACCAAGGCGCGCAUGGGUGUCGUCGAAUGCGUUGCGCACAAGAUGAUUGAGCCUUUCCAAGUGCUUUACGAGAAGCCCGCUGAGAUCGUGGCGCAGUUCAAACACACGGUACUGCUCAUGCCCAACGGCGUUAAUCUGGUCACCGGCAUCAACUUCGACGUGGAGAACUACGUGAGCGAGAACAGCAUUGCGCAACCUGAGUUAAAGGAACUGGUUGCUCAGCCAUUGGGACCCGUCAAAGGAAAGGGCAAGGGCAAGAAGGCGGCUAGCGGCACAGCUGCUGCUGUGGCGACAAAAGUGGAAUCGGCGCCGGCCGUUGAGACCAAGGCAUAGACAAGGCCCUGGAUAAAAACCCGAUAAAAUCAAACCACGCCCCCUUAAAGCAACUACAUUGUGAACAAUUGCGCUGCCUACUGCUGCCGCUCCAUUAACUUUUUACGAUAUAGAAUUCGUUGAGUAGUAAAACCAGAUAAAA